CGGCGUCUCCCUCGGGCGUAGAGGCCACACACACCGAAAUCAUUUCUAGCCUCGUGGAACGGGCCCGCACGCAGACGACGAGGCUCGUCCUCCCCCCGGCGCACCAUUCUCCCUUCUCAGUUUCUCUCUCUACCUCCGAAAUCCGCAACCGCAUUCUCUCUCCUCGAGCGGAGGAACAGCCGGGGCGAUGGCGGAGGAAGAUGCUCCGGAGGUGGAGCUCAGCGGCGAGCAGAAGAAGGAGAUCGCCAAGUGGUUCCUCCUCCACUCCCCCGGCGGCGAAAUCCAAUACGUCGCCAAAGAUGUGAGAUCGGUGCUGGACGACGACGGGGCGUACGGCGAGGCGGCGUCGGAGGCGUUCCCGGCUUACAACAAGGCUCAGAUGAUUUGCCUCGACAUGCCCCGCGGCAUGGGAGAAGUUCUGAUCACAUCGUUCGGCGAGCUUGAGGAGAAUCAGUUCCUUGAUCCGCGUACUGCACAAGUCGGGAUUGUCGACCACGUCAAGCAAGUUUGUACAGACGUGAGACCUGCAACUGAUGAAGAGCUUCCAUCUCCGUAUAUUGAGGAAUUCAGAUGUGCUUUGGAUGCAGAAGUUCUGAAAUAUGUUGGGGAGGCUUAUCCAAAAGGUGUCUGUUCAGUUUACAGUACAAAGGGUAAAGAUGUGGAGGGACCAGGAUCUGAUUUUGAGCUUGCCGUAGUUAUUCAAGCUGCUAGAAAUAGCCCACAAAAUUUCUGCACUGGAAGUUGGCGCUCAGUCUGGAACAUUGAGUUUAAGGAUGAUAUACAAAUUCUUGAAUUAAGGGGCAAAAUGCAGGUGGGCGCUCAUUAUUUUGAAGAGGGAAAUGUGCAGUUGGAUACAAAGCAUGAAUGCAAAGAUUCAACUAUAUUUCAGUCCCCAGAAGAUUGUGCUAUUUCAAUAGCUAGUAUAAUUCGCCAUCAUGAGACAGAGUAUUUGGGUUCUCUUGAGGCAUCAUAUACCAAUUUGCCGGACAACACCUUUAAGGUAACCAUUUACUUUCCAAGGAUCUACGGAGAAAGCUUCCAGUUACUCGGACCCUUUUCCCCUGGCAUAACACGCUGCAGUUCAGUCUUACAAGAGAUAUCUCCAAAGAACUUGGAAUUGAAAAGUGAAAUUACAAUAAGAUGAGCCAAGAUCCAUUUUGUUUGAGGUUCAAGGUAGAGAUUGCUUAUCUAUCUGCUGGAAUUGAAGGCAUUGAGUAUGUAUGUUUACACAAAGAACUUUUUGCCAUGCCUUGCCUGUUCCAUUUCCUCUGCACUAUUCUUUUUGGUCUUUGCUCGUGUAUCUUUUGGUGCCCCCAACCUUCUGUGUCCUCAUCAAUCGCUUGUUGUGCAGAUUACACCUCUAGUAGGAGUCUAGGAGUCCUCACUUUUGGCAAUUUUUUUGUGUGACCAUUUCUUUAAGCUCUGUAUAGUGAGUUACGUGAGUUCUGAUCUUCAUAUGAGGUCAGUUGAGAAUAGUAGGAAGAAUGUUGUGACUAAGUGAAUUUAUUUCCCCACAAAAGUUGUGAAGCCAAAGUUAUUUGAUUGAAUCAACCUGAGUGAAGAUCAAUACAUAUGUUUUUGUAUAUUGUGGCUUUGAGCCGCAGUACCAUCAUAGCUGUUCUAGUUGGAAGGUUC